AAUAGGAUGAUGGAGUUGGGCAGGCUACUCUGUGGGAAAAUGAAGCGAUCCAAUAGGAGAGACCCACUCAUCACUUCGCCUUCUUCCUCAUGGGGCUUGGAGAUUCACUUCUACUUACCUGAUGUGCAUCAGCUAGAAUUCUUCAAAGGCUGCUACACUGCCGAAGAGCUGUGUGUAGAGGCUGCCAAGAAAUGUUCUAUUUCGCCUAUGUGCCAUAAUCUUUUUUCCCUUUACAAUGAGGUGACAGGCAUGUGGUGCCCACCCAAUUAUGAAUUCAAAAUCACAGGUGACACCAGUAUCAAGCUACAAUAUCGAAUGAGAUUUUAUUUCAGGAAUUGGCAUGGUACUAAUGAAGGGGAGUCUCCAGUUUGGAGACACUGCAUCAGUAAACUCAAAGGAAGCCUGAAAACACCAGAAGGAGCGCCACUCCUGGACAGUCCAUCUCUUGACUACCUUUUUUACCAGGGUCAGCAUGAUUUUCACACGGGUUUCUUACCUCUUCGAACAUGCGUCUCUGAGUCAGAGCAGCACGAACUCGAAAACGAAUGUCUGGGAAUGGCUGUGCUUGCCAUUACCCACUAUGCCAAGAGCAUGGACAUCCCCCUGUCUGCUGCUUCCCAAGCAGUCAACUACAAGCGUUUCAUUCCAGAGGCAAUGAACGCAAACAUAAAGCAACGUAAUUUUUUGACCCGGAUCCGCAUCAACAAUGUCUUCAAGAAAUUCCUCAGUGAAUUCAAUUACCGAACAGUCAAGGUCAGUGACAUCCCUCUGUAUGACCUGAAGAUGAAGUAUCUGGCUACCUUGGAAGGGCUAACCAAUGGCAUGGGCAGUGAGAUAACUGAGCCUAUUUCGAUGAGUGUAACAAAAGAUGGAGACAUCGUGAAUGGGAGUAAUUAUGCAUACUACAACCAAAUUCAAGGACAGAGCCCACACCAGACAAUGGAUACUUGGCAUGAUGUACAAGUAUGUGUGUCUGGUACAACAGGCAUUUCCUGGAGGAAGAAGCCCCCCACAAAACCAGUGAGUUCUAAAGAGAAAGGCAGGUCAAAAAAAAACAAGCUGAAUGAAAAUUUGAGAGGAAAGGAAGCUGAUGAAGCCUGGGAGAGAUUCUGUGACUUCCAUGAGAUCAUGCAUGCGGCCAUUAAGGAUGCCACAGUCACGAUUCACAGGCAGGAUUACAAGAAAAUGGAAUUGCAUAUGGCAUCUUGGGCUGAGGCUGUUUCCUUUGCAUCUCUUGUGGAUGGGUACUUCAGGUUAACAGUGGAUGCCCAUCACUACUUGUGCAUUGAGGUGGCUCCCUCUUCUGUGGUGCAAAACAACAACAAUGGCUGCCAUGGCCCGAUUUGUACAGAGUAUGCCAUCCAAAAACUGCGGCAGGAGGGUAAUGAGGAUGGGAUGUACAUUCUUCGCUGGAGCGUCACCGACUACCAGUAUAUUGUCAUCACUGUGGCCUGCAAUGAGAUUGACCUCAAUGAAUCCCGCCCUGUGCGCCAGUAUAAGAACUUCCACAUUGAAGUGACUCCUGGUGAGUUCCGCCUCCAUGGGACCGAAACUGCAAGGCCCACUCUGAGAGAGCUAUUAGAACAUCUGGAGGGCCAGAGUCUUCGCUCUGACAAUCUCCAGUUUCAUCUGCUCCGCUGCUGCCCUCCUCAACCUCGGGAGAUAUCAAAUUUGCUGGUGUUCACCAACGAUAAAGCACCAGUACUUCCGACGCCCAUGCAGGAGUGCCAGGUCAUUAUCCAUCGCAUUCACAAGGAAGAAAUUGAACAGGAGGAGCAUCUUGGUCGCGGCACAAGAACGAACAUUUUCUCUGGCACACUGAGAGUAAAAAAUGAUGAUGACAUAGGUUACGGAUCCUUCCAAGAGUAUAAAGUGGUGCUCAAAGUUCUGGGGUCAGGACACAGAGAUAUUUCCCUGGCGUUUUUUGAAACUGCAAGUAUGAUGCGGCAAGUUUCCCAUAAGCACAUUGUGCUUUUGUAUGGGGUCUGUGUCCGCCAUCUGGAGAAUAUCAUUGUGGAAGAGUUUGUGGAACUGGGACCACUGGACUUAUUCAUGAGGAGGCAACAAUGCCCACUUAGCACAUCUUGGAAGUUCCAGGUGGCCAAGCAGCUGGCCUCAGCUCUCAGCUAUUUGGAAGACAAAAAGUUGGUCCAUGGCUUUGUGUGUGCGAAGAACAUUCUGCUCGCCCGAAGUGGACUUGAAGAUGAUCAAGGAGGACCCUUUAUCAAGCUCAGUGACCCAGGAAUUCCAAUCACUGUACUCACAAGAGAGGAACGUGUGCAUCGCAUACCCUGGAUAGCACCUGAGUAUGUGAAAGGUGUGACCUCCCUGAGUAUUGCAGCUGACAAGUGGGGCUUUGGGACCACCCUGUGGGAGAUUUGUUAUGAUGGAGAGGAGCCCCUUAAAGAAAAGAAACUCACAGAGAAGGAGAGGUUUUAUGAAACAGAGUACCAGCUUGUGACCCCGGACUACAGAGAGUUGGCUGAACUAAUGAUCCGCUGCAUGAACUAUGAUCCAAAGAAGAGACCUUUCUUCAGGGCUAUUGUGAGAGAUAUUGACAAACUGGAAGAAAAAAAUCCAUCCAUCAAACCACAGCCUACAUCAGAAGUGGAUCCAACUGUGUUUGAAAAGAGAUUCCUGAAGGUUAUCAGAGAUCUGGGACAGGGCCACUUUGGUAGGGUGGAGUUGUGUCGAUAUGAUCCUCGAGGAGAUCGAACUGGCGAGUUGGUGGCGGUGAAGUCACUGAAGUCUGAGAAUGGACAAGAGAAGGGCAGCAAUCUCUUGAAUGAAAUUGAUAUCCUGAAGGCCCUCUACCAUGAAAACAUUGUCAAGUACAAGGGGAUUUGUCUGGAGGAAGGUGGUCGAGCCACCAAGCUGAUAAUGGAGUUUCUUCCUCUGGGAUGUUUGAAAGAUUACCUUACUGACAAGAAAAGCAAGAUCAGUCUCAGCACCCUGCUGAGCUACUCAACUCAAAUAUGCAGGGGUAUGGAGUAUCUGGGAUCUCAAAAUUACAUCCACCGUGACCUGGCUGCCCGAAAUGUGCUGGUGGAGAACGAGCGAACUGUGAAGAUCGGUGACUUUGGCCUGACCAAAAGCAUUAAAGACAAUGAAGUCUAUUACACGGUCAAGGAUGACAAUCCAAGUCCUAUUUACUGGUAUGCUCCUGAGUGCCUGACUCACUGCAAGUUCUACCUUGCUUCCGAUGUUUGGUCUUUUGGAGUGACCAUGUAUGAGCUUGUUACCUAUUGUGAUAAUGACAAGAACCCCAUGCAGCUCUUCUCCAAGAUGAUGCGGUCCUGCCAAGGUCAAAUGAGCAUUGUUCAUUUGGUCGCUGUGCUGGAGGAGGGCAAGAGGUUACCCCAACCGGAUGGCUGCCCUAAACCAGUGUAUGACGUGAUGCGCAAGUGCUGGGAGCACGCCCCCGAGAAGAGGAUUACCUUUAAGCAGCUCAUCGAAGAGCUGAGCAACAUGCAGGAGCAGUUUGGCUCUUCCGAAUGA